AUGGAUGUUGAUGCCCGAGAUAACAAGGAGUGGGUAAACCAUCCUGCAGUGGCUAAGAAAAAUAUGGCUACAGAGAAUGUGGCGCCUCUUGGAUUGACGGAACAGCUGCAGAGCUUGCAGAAGAAGGCAAGAAGAGAAGGACCAGGAGAUGAGGAAGAAGAAGUUUUACGAAAUGAAGAAGAACAUGAAGAUCCUCCUGAAGGUGGAGAGAAACUUGAAAGUGUGUUGAAAAUUGAGAAAGCGAAGAAGCAGAAUCAGCCAAAGCAGAAGCACCCGAAGCAGAAGCACCCGAAGCAGAAGCAGAAGAAGCGAAAGGAGGCAAAGCAGAAGGAGCCGGAGCAGAAGGAGGCGGAGCAGAAGGAGCCACAGCAGAAUGAGCCACAACAGAAGGAGCCGGAUCAGAAAGAGCCGGAGCAGAAGGAGCCAGAGCAGAAAGAGCCGGAGCAGAAGGAGCCAUAG